AUGACUGUCAACAGCACUGCCCCGUCGUUGGCUACCAUUGGCUACAUCACCAUGGAGACUGUCAUCGGGCUCUGCUCCAUCGUGGGCAACACGCUGGUCAUCUGGGUAGUCAAGCUGAACCCCAGCCUGCAGACCACCACCUUCUACUUCAUCGUCUCCCUAGCGCUGGCUGAUAUUGCUGUUGGGGUGCUAGUGAUGCCUCUGGCCGUUGUCAUCAGCCUGGGCAUCACGGUCCACUUCUACAGCUGCCUCCUCAUGACCUGCCUGCUGCUGAUCUUCACCCACGCCUCCAUCAUGUUCUUGCUGGCCAUCGCCGUGGACCGCUACCUGCGGGUCAAGCUCACGGUCAGAUACAGGAGGGUCACCACCCAGAAAAGAAUAUGGUGUGCCCUGGGCCUUUGCUGGCUGCUGUCCCUCCUGGUGGGACUGACCCCCAUGUUCGGCUGGAACAUGAAACUGUCCCCGGAGUCGCACAGAAACGACACCGCCCUUCCUUGCCGGUUCCGCGCGGUCAUGAGGAUGGACUACAUGGUGUACUUCAGCUUCUUCACCUGGAUUUUCAUCCCGCUGGUGGCCAUGUGCGCCAUCUAUAUUGACAUCUUCUGUGUCAUCCGGAACAAGCUCGCCCAGAACUUCUCAGGCUCCAAGGAGUCAGGCGCGUUCUACGGGCGGGAGUUCAAGACGGCCAAGUCCCUGUUCCUGGUGCUCUUUCUGUUCGCUUUGUCCUGGCUGCCUCUGUCCAUCAUCAACUGCAUCAUCUACUUCAAAGGCGACGUGUCCCCAGGGGUGAUGUACUUGGGCAUCCUGCUGUCCCACGCUAACUCCAUGAUGAACCCUAUCGUGUAUGCUUUUAAAAUAAAGAAGUUCAAGGAAACCUACUUCUUUAUCUUCAAAGCCUGUAUGAACUGCCAGGCCUCUGAUUCCUUGGAACCAGAUAUUGAACAGAUUUCUUAGUGAAGGACGACUGCCUGCCCCCCGAUCUUCAGCUUCAACAUCCGCACCCGCGUCAGGGCCCACCCACCUGGGCCCAGGUCUUUCACACGCUCGAUUCCUCCCACGGAUGUGGGGCGCACUUGGCCGGCUGUCUCCCAUUGUACCUCUUCUGCUACCUUCUUCCUCUAAUUCGAUUUUUUUCUCCCUUGUCCUUGCUCCCUAAUUCAAUUUUCUGGAUGCCUGGCUUAAGGACAAUGGUCUAUUGUUAAUAUCGACCCUGUUCCUCCUUCCCAGACAGAAGU